AUGGCUUACGAGGCCAGCAUCGACGAUGAAGGCAUGGGCAUCGCCGACACAGAGGAAUCGAACACCAACGCAAAUGAAUACAUCGAUGGCAUACACGUCACUGUCGAAUACCCUGCAAAAGAUGCUGUCGCCGAGCACCACGCACCCACCAGCCACAACCGAGCCUCGCUCACCAUGGAAGGAGACGAAAGCAGAGAAGGAGGGGAUAUGUACCCUCAGCUCACCGGUGCCAUAGAGGCCGCCGGAGGCAAGGGAAAGCCGGCGGAUCCGGCGGCAGAACCGCAACCGCCUCGGAGUCGCCCUUGCGAAGAGUCGGGAAGAAACGAGAGGUAA